AAGAUCUAUUUUAAAGGGUAGCGCCCUGUAUCUGACCCCGUGUAAAUACCUAGAAGCCGGUGAUAUCUCGAGGCGUGCGUGUAAAAAUUCUUUUUAAGCCGGUGACAAGUCAAAGACGUUUCAUGUGAAAUUUUUCAAUAAGUGAACAGCCCUGGAAUCGGUGCUCGUUUUUCCUAGAAAAUAUUUAUUUUUUAUUUACUCCCACCGUUUCUUCCUACGGCUACGACCUUAACCUCGUUCUCAGCAUUCUUUUGCAAAGAUUCUAACCACUUGCGAUUUGAGUUACGAUGCCAAAUUUACGUUCGUUGGUUUUACCAAUUUUGGCUGCUGUGGGAACCAUAGCUGUGGUAGGAUUAGCAGUCAAGGUUUACAAAUGCUGGAACAGCGAGAAGAAAAAGAAAUCUCCAAUUUUAUUAGUUGAUCCAGUUGUUAAAUAUAGUUUACCGUUAAUUCAGAGAGAGUUAAUAAGUCGUGAUACAAGAAAGUUAACAUUCGGUUUGCCAACACCGGAUCAUGUUCUAGGAUUGCCGAUUGGUCAACAUGUACAUUUAACGGCAAAUAUCAAUAAAGAAGUUAUUAUACGUUCUUACACACCUGUUUCAAGCGACGAUGAUCAUGGUCAUGUAGAUCUUGUUGUUAAAGUAUAUUUCAAAAAUGAACACCCAGAAUUCCCAGAAGGAGGAAAAUUAUCUCAGCAUUUAAAUAACUUGUACAUUGGCGAUACUAUAGAUUUUAGGGGACCGUCUGGUCGGCUUAUCUAUAAAGGUAAUGGAAAAUUUUCUAUAAAAACUUUAAGGAAAGAUCCACCUUCGGAAUACAAUGUUAAAAAGGUUGUAAUGCUGGCUGGUGGCACAGGAAUCACACCGAUGCUACAAUUAAUUCGUGCUAUAGUAAAAGACACCACGGAUAAAACUCAAUGUUCUUUACUUUUUGCUAACCAAACGGAAAAAGGCAUAGUGCUUAAAGAGGAGUUAGAUGAUAUUGCAAAAAAUAAUCCUAAUAAAUUAAAAGUUUGGUAUACGUUAGAUACUAGUGGCGAAAAUUGGCCUUACAGUACUGGUCACAUAAAUGCAGAAAUGAUAGAGGAGCACAUGUUUCCUCCAUCGCCUGAUACAAUUGUUCUUAUGUGCGGUCCGCCUCCAAUGAUCAAUCAUGCUUGCAAUCCUAACCUCGAUAAACUUCAAUAUGAUCAAAAAUUACGAUUUGUAUAUUAAAGGAAUUUAUUUCUUGUUGCACUGAAAUAUAGAGUGUAUUCAUUGUCGUUAGUAUGUCUUUAUUAAAUAAGACACAUGGGCCUCUAUGCAAAGACAGCAUUUUAUAGGUAUAUUUAUAUUAACCGUGUAUUAAAUGUGCAGUGGCAGUUUAAAUCUUAUGUGUAUAGUAUCAAUUUACGUAAUAAUAUAGUGCGCAUGAAGUCGUUCAGUAUUUAUUUUAAGUAUCCAAUCUCGUCAAAGGAACGUUUUAAUUUAUAAUGUAUAUUCAAAUAUACAAGGUAAUCUUUAGUUAUUCGUUAUGGAGUAAAAACAGUAAUAUUUGGAUUUUUUAAUUCUAUAUUUUCUAUAAAUGCAAUUAUUAAUGGUUUUCAAUUUAAUUUUUUUAUAAAAUACAUCGCCAGUGCAGAGCUUCAUUGAGAAACACUAUACAGGUUAAAACAUUUAUCGAUGUUAAACCUAUUGUAUUGCUAUAAAAAAAAAUGAUGAUCGUAA